AUGGGAGACCAGAUGCGCUUUGCCAUCAGUGCCCGGAUUAUUGGGGUGAUGCAUAAAGAGGCAUCAAAAAUCAAGGUAAACCACUAUAGAAAUGAAUUGUGUAAUGUGUGUGUGUUUGUGUGUGUUAUUCCAUUUUUGUGAAUAUAAAGUUAUAAAUGUUUCCUUUUUACAUUCUUAUAAAUUAAUGUAAUUUUAAAAAAUUCUACAGAUGUUUAUGACCUCCAUAGUGUGGUCUGAUGAGAGUGAAGUCAUUGUCUACAGAUCAUUCCUGGAUUUUAAGGAGUUUCACGUAAGUUUAAAACUUAAGCUGUACAUCAAUAAUGAAAAAAAAAAAGUUAUUGAUACAUCUUUAUCAGAGGAUGUGUUGACAAUUUGUAAUUCAAAACUACUAUCCCUCCUCUUAUUUCAACAGAGGCAAUUGAAGAAGAGGUUUCCCCUAGAGAAUCCUUUCCGCAAGAGAGACAGAGUGAUUCCCAAAUUCAGAGGUAAGUCAACAACCUCAGAAAAGUCUGAUAUUUGCCUCACAAUCAACCCCCAAGCUAUUUCAACUUUCCUUCAUCACUGUCCUAUCUCACCUCCUCAUCAGGUUCAUGUUGUUCUUCUUCCUACCUUAAUGAAAAAGUGAAAACAUUUUCCAUUCUUUCUCUUCACUAAAUAUGGAAUACAUUUUCCUUUCUUUCACUGCAAAUACUGAGUGCGGAGCGGACCUUUUUCAUUUUCCUCUUCUGUCUACCUCAGCCAUAACUAUGAGGAGAAAGAUCCAGGAGAAGGGUCCUAGUUGGUCGAUGCGUCGGAUGAAUUUACUGGAAAACUACUGCAGCGAGCUCCUCAGGUGUGACCCCGCGGUGAGCCGCAGUUCAGAGGUCACCCAGUUCUUCAUGCCCAAAGACCACGACCUGCAGGCAGACUUCACCAAAAACAGGUAAACACUUACAAACAUCCCUCCUUUUAUGUGGGCAUUUCAGCCUUUUUUUUUUUUAAAGUCAUUUUUGAUUGUUUCAGCCUUCUUAUUUCACUACACUUAUUAUUAAAUCGUACUGAAUGAGAGCGUCUACUCUAUUUACUAAAUGACAACAAUAUUUUAUGCGCCUAGCACUCAGGCCUUCUCAUGAAAAUACUUUCAAACUUGCAACUUGGAACUUGCAAGGUUGCCUCUGUUCCUCUGCCUAAAGAAACGCCCAGCAGACAGGGAUGGGCAAAAAUUACAAAAUACAACUACAAAAUACCAUAAAGAUCAAUGUAUAAAAAUAAAUUUUAUUUUGAAAUGUAUUUAAUCAAAAUACAUGUAUUUUAAAAUACAGAAAUACAUUUGCAAGUUGCCUGCUGAACAGCAACAACAUUCUCAGUAAUGGUUACAUUUUGAAAAUACAAAUUACAGCUCUCUAAAGUAUCUUGUUACAAAAUACAUUGGAGUGUAGUUCAGCCCAGUGUAAUACAAAUUAGAAAAUACUCAAAAGUAAUUGAAAUACAUAUUUCAAAUACAUGUAACAGAAAUACUGCCCAUCUCUGCCAGCAGGUAAAACGUUAACGAUGUCUGUUUGUCUCCUCUCCUCUCCACAGCAUCAUGAUCCUGCCAUCGGAGGAUGGGGUGGGGGACAUGAGCGGGCAGCGUCUGAGCCUGGGCAAUGUGACACACCCCUUUGUGAGCCAGUCUUACCGCUGUGUGGGGCCCUACAACACCAAGGAUACUAAGAACAGGCCCUUUAAAGUGGCCUUGGAUGAGAGGCUGGAUGUGCUCAUCAAAGACCCAGCAGGUUAUAGUCCUCUUUGAUCUAGAUUACAAUUUUAACAUAGGUUAGCCCACAUUUAAUUUCUCCCUCCACUGUUAACCUGGGAUAGGCUCCACUUUCAAGCGUUGUGUGGAGAAGCAUGGAAAUCAAGACUAGUCUAAUUAAGAUACAUUUAUAGGAUAAUAGAUACAUGCAUCCUCGUCUUACACUUCCUCUGUCUCGGUCUGUGUGUGUUCAUUCAGGCUGGUGGCUGGUGGAGAACGAGGAUAAACAGUUGGCCUGGUUCCCUGCUCCCUACCUGGAGAUGUGUGAGGCAGAGGAGGAUGAAGAUGGAUUGGAUGGUGGUAAGAUACUUUUUACUGUAUAUUUAUGCAUAUCCUGUCCACAGUACAAACUUAAUCAUAGUAAAUGUUGUGAAAGUUUGUUUAAUAUACUAAGCCUACUAUGGAUUGCAGUUAGUGCAUGGAUAAACCAUUCCAAACAUUCAGUUUUGUGGUUAGAAAAUUCCACAGCCAGCCAAACACUAGGGGGAAGUCCUAAACUAGAUAAAUAACCCUCAUCCCAACAUAGUAGAGAAUGACCAAUGAUGUAUAUAAACCCUGGAUUGCAGAUGCUAUGUAUUGGCCAUUGAGAGGUUUUGAAGCCACCGGACGGCCAUAUUGGCACUCCCCAGUAAGAGCAGUCCUCCACAGAAUACAACAGUAUGAGUCAUAAUACCCAUAAAACCUAGUGUUCAAAUAGGGAAAUGGUUCCAAUCGUUUUUCCACCAUUAAUUCUUCCCAUAGGGGAUUUUAGAAACACUUAAAAUAAGGGCUGUGUUUCGUGUAGGCUUACCCCGGCAUGACAUUUUGAUAACCGUGUAAAUAUCUCUAGGACGAGGUGCCUUUUAUCAAUAUAUUCGCCUGUAUUUACCCCCCAAAAAUGAAAUGCUAAUUAGCUGCUAAUGUGGCUAUCAUACAGAACUACAAAUGCCAUUAUGAUCUGGAUGAGACUGCCGAAUCGAGGCAAAGGUAAGAAUCUCUGGAUUAACUAUCGAAAGUUAACUAAAUGUACUGUAUACUGAACAAAAAUGUAAACGCAACAUGCAAUAAUUUCAAAUAUGUUUUUACUAAGUUACAGUUCAUAUGAGGAAAUCAGUCAAUUGAAAUAAAUUCAUUAGGCACAAAUCUAUAGAUUUCACAUGACUGGGAAUACAGAUAUGCAUCUAUUGGUCACAGAUACAGGACCUUAAGAAAAAAAUUGGCCGCACAAUGGGCCUCAGGAUCUCAUCAAUGGUAUUUUUGUGCAUUCAAAUUGCCAAUCGCUAAAAUGCAAUUGUGUUUGUUGUCCGUAGUUUAUGCCUGCCUAUACCAUAACCCCACCGCCACCAUGGGGCACUCUGUUCACAACAUCGACAUCAGCAAACCGCUCGCCCACACAAUGCAUCACAAAUGGUCUGCGGUUGUGAGGCUGGUUGGACGUACUGCCAAAUUCUCUAAAAUGACUAUGGUAGAGAAAUUACCAUUACAUUCUCUGGCAACAUUUGACAUUUACAUUUUAGUCAUUUAGCAGACGCCCUCAUCCAGAGCGACUUACAGUAAUGAGUGCAUACAUUUUCAAACAGCUCUGGUGGAUCAGCAUGCCAAUUGCAUGCUCCCUCAACUUGAGACAUCUGUGGCAUUGUUUUGUGUAACAAAACAGCACAUAUUAGAUUGGCUUGUUAUUGUCCCCAUCACAAGGUGCACCUGUGUAAUGAUCAUGCUGUUUAGUCAGCUUCUUGAUAUGCAACACCUGUCAGGUGGAUGAAUUAUCUUGGCAAAGGAUAAAUACUCACUAACAGGGAUGUAAACACUGUGGUCCUCUGUAGCUCAAUUGGUAGAGCAUGGCGCUUGUAACGCCAGGGUAGUGGGUUCGAUCCCCGGGACCACCCAUACGUAAAAAUGUAUGCACGCAUGACUGUAAGUCGCUUUGGAUAAAAGCGUCUGAUAAAUGGCAUAUUAUAUAUUAUAUUAUAAACACAUUUGUGCACAACAUUUUAGUGAAAUAAUAUUUUAGUCAGUAUGGAAAACGUACCUGUUAGCAAAGGUGUCAGCUAGAGAUGACGUGCAGGAGCUUGCAGGGAUUUGUUGUUUUGCAUGAUGUCUACUUUGAUGCUAAUUAGCAUUUUCAAAUCUGAGCGUAAAUAUAGUAGAAUAUAUUGAUUAAAGUCACCUUGUCCGAGAGAGAUUGACACGGUUAUCAAAAUGUCAUGCCAGGGUAAGCCUACACGGAACACAGCCCCUAUGGGAAAAAUGAAUGGUGGGAAAACGAUUGGAACCAUUUACCUGUUUGACCACUAGGUUUUAUGGGUAUUAUGACUCCUCCACUAUGAGGCUCUAUACGAAUGAAUGGAAUUCUACAGUAUUUCAAUUAAAAUUGCAUGUAUUUAAGUAUAUCUUUUUUGUUGUAGUGGGGACAGUAAUAUUAGUAAUCUAAAAAACAUUAUACUUUAAAAAAAUUAUAUUUAUAUCUUUUUUAUUUUACAUAUUUAUGUUUAGCUCACAUAAUAUAAUGUAAAAGCAUGCAUUAAGGUGACUGUAAUAUAAUAAAUGUAGACAUUAAUAAAUGCAUUUCUAUAGCUUCCAAAAUAUUCUCUACAAUGAUGCAGGCACGGUGGCUUCAACACAGCGCCCCCAAUCAGUCAUGGAGUGUAUAUAAAUCAUCAACAAUGACAGACUGAGAUUGCAUUCCAGAUUACAAGAUUGCAUUAUAAGAUUUUCUGUCAUGGUUUUGAGAUUUCUCAAGAUCCACUAUCAAUAAAUGCCCUGAAGGCUUGCUGUAGAUGAUGUUGUAGAAAGGAAGCUCUGUUGUUUUAACCUGCUUCCUGGUUUGUCCAUCAGGAACUCUCUACUGCGCUGUGAGGAGUUACUCCACUAAGAUGCAUGACGAGGUGCCUGUUCCUAUUGGCUCUGUGGUUGAGGUGCUGAGGAAAUCAGACGACGGAUGGUGGCUCAUCAGGUAUGUCAACAUGUAACCUGACUAUCUGUCUGCCUGUCUGCCUCUCAGAAUGUUACACAGACAAAGCAACCAACACUGUGUUUCAUUGUCUUGUCUGUAAUACAAGACAAUGCAACCAAUGUACAACCUCUCAUUGUCUUAGUUGAGAUAGUGUGACAGCAGGUAUCUGGGAGGAACUGUUGAAUGCAUUGUCGCUCCAAACGUGAUUAUGGCCACCAAAAGUGAAUUCCUGAAAUUAAACGACAUAAGUAGUGGAAUCCUGUGGUUUUCUUGCAGAGGUAUUUGGUAACUAAUAACAGUAAGGAGCGGAGGGAUGACAUAACACCUGUUGGUGGUUCCCUUUGACAAAUGAUGAUUGAUUGUGACAAACAGCGCCACUUCAGCGUUCUGUUAAGCAAAGACAUGAGGGUCAUGACCAGAAGAUGUCCUAUAAUAAAAAACAAACUCUUUGAACCCUGAGUGACGCAACUCUUUUCCCCUCCAGGUAUAAUGGCAGAGUGGGCUACGCUCCCUCCAUGUACCUGCAGCCUUACAACAACCCACGUGCUGGCCUCCACACCCUGCAGAGGAAGCUGCACAGCUCCUCUCUCAAUCUGGCAACCCACAUGAACAGCUCUACUCUCAAUCUGGCAUUCAGCAGAGACAGCCAAUCUCGCAACUGUUACCCACCCACCCUGUAUGAGGAGACAGGGCUGCAGCAGCACAUGUCAACCCAGCCCAGGGAUGAACGGUACCGGACCUCCCGUCUCCAGAAGACCUGCUCUCUGGAGCUCCUGUCUGAGACUCGUCCCGACAUGGCCGUCCCUCCAUCCCAAAGAGAGAGAGAAGACCUGGAGUCAAAUCCGGAUCCAGCAAACCGUAAGAGCAGCAUCAGCUGUGCCGAGUCCUCUGACUCUGACUUCAGUUCGUCAGGCCGGAAUGUUAGGGCGUCUUCUUCCAGCUGCAGUGAGGAGGAGCCCCAGAGCCCCCCAAACAGCCCCAGGUCCUCACCCCAGCCAGGGGAGAGCGAAAGUGGCAGCAGCAUCCCAGAUAAGAGCCUCUCCUCCAGCCCCAGCUCCAGGUCUGAGACUGGAUCCUGUAAGAUGCCCACCGCUGCCCCCAGGGUGCCCCCGCGACCCAGAGCCCAGGAGAUCCUGACCCGGUGUACCACCAUGACACGCAAGGCUGCCCUGGCCUCCAGGGGGAGGCUGUUCUCCCUGCAGGACACUGUCCAGACCCACUAG